AUGACUCUGGAAGGCCCAUGUUGGGCAAGGAGAGGAUCUGGAGCCUUCCUUACAGCCUGUGGUCCUCCAGCUCGGAUUCUGCUGGCCUUGGUGGUUCUACUGUGCAUGGAAAAUGGCCAAGGCCACUGGGAUGAGACCCUGGAAUCUGCAAGUCCAGGUCAUGUGAGAAGACGAGGCAGGCCUGCCAUCGUUUUGCAGGGGCCUAAUGUAUGUGGUUCCCGCUUUCAUGCCUACUGCUGCCCUGGCUGGAGGACUCUGCCUGGCAGGAAUCAGUGUAUUGUGCCUGUCUGCAGGCACACCUGCGGCAAUGGCUUCUGCUUCCAGCCCAACCUGUGUACCUGUAUGGACGGGACCCUGGCCCCCAACUGUGGAGUAAAUAGAGCAUCACUGGGGUGUAGCAUGAGCUGCAUGAAUGGGGGCAGCUGCCACGGGGGAUCCUGUCUAUGCCAGAAAGGCUACACAGGCGCUGUGUGUGGACAGCCUGUCUGUGUCCACGGCUGCCAUAAUGGAGGACGUUGCAUCGGGCCAAACCUCUGUGCAUGUGUAUAUGGAUUCAUGGGGCCUCAGUGUGAGAGAGACUUCCAGAUGGGGCCCUGCUUCCCCCAAGUGAGACCUGAGGGGUGCCAGCGCCAGCUGACAGGUCUCAUGUGUACUAAAGCCCUCUGCUGUGCCACUGUGGGCCAUGCCUGGGGACUUCCCUGCCAGCUCUGUCCGGCACAGCCACACCCCUGCCGCCGAGGCUUUAUCCUAAAUGUUCACACAGGAGCCUGCCAAGAUGUGGAUGAGUGCCAAGUCAUCUCAGGCCUGUGCCUGGGUGGCAGCUGUCUCAAUACAGUGGGCUCCUUCGAGUGCCACUGUCCUACUGGACACCAGCUCAAUAUCAGAGGCACCGAAUGUGAAGAUCGCCGGGUGGGCACCUGCUUCUCAGUGCUUAUCGGGGGUCAGUGUGCUGCAGACCUCACUGGCCACUAUACUUACGGACAGUGCUGCUGUGACAAGGGCAGGUGCUGGGCACCUGGUCCAUCACCAAAGCUGUGUCCCCCACGAGGUUCUGGUGAAUUCCUGAGACUGUGUGCCCAAGGGCUCCCACUGCUGCCUGCCUAUGCAGACCUCUUCCCUGGACUCUCAGAAGUUGGAUCCAACAACCUGGGGCCUGCCCUGAGGCCAGCACAACACAACGCCCAUGGUUCCCGUGGGCAUGGAGUCCCCACACUGAUCUCUGGCAACUCCAACAACGGUAUCCCUGUUGGCUCCACUGCAAACACAGCCACUCUGAAACAGAUCAUGGACAUCUGUCACCACUUCACCAUCUUGUGCCUCAGUGGUUGCUGCCCUCCCACCCCUUCCAGCUAUCACCGUGAAUGCAACUUGGGCUAUACCUAUGAUUUACAUGGAGAAUGGAUCAGCAAGCAAGUGUGCCAACAGUGCCAUGGUAACUGUGCUAACACUCCUGGUUCCCACUACUGCCAUUUCUAUGAAGGUUUCUAGGCCAUACUAACCAAGGAGGUGUAUGUGGAUGUGGAUGAGUGUAUCAUCCAUGGUGACCUUUGCUACCUAGGCUGCCAUAUCAACAGAGAGGGCAGCUUUCAGUGUGUGUGCCGUGCAGGUUUCAGGCUCAGCCCUGAUGGGAGGAGUUGCAGGGCGUGCCGAAGUGUGACAAGGAUAGGACCCAGUGAUCAACCGUUCCUCUGUGCAGAUGUGAGGUUGGGGCUGUGUUUCCUGCAUUGGCGUGAGGAAGACUGUGGAAUUCCCCUGCCUGUCAAGUACCAGAUGGAUGUCUGUUGCUGCUCCAUCGGGACCUCAUGGGGAGCUGAGUGCAAAGUUUGCCCGGAGCCCAGCUCCCCAGAAUUCUCCAGCCUGUGUCCCCAAGGGCUGGGCUUUGCCAGCCAGGACUUCCUGUCUGGCCGACCCUUCUAUAAAGAUGUGAAUGAGUGCAAGGUGUUCCCUGGCCUGUGCACACAUGGCACCUGCCGCAAUUCCAUGGGCAGCUUCCACUGCUUCUGUGACAAAGGCUUUACCCUGGAUGCCCAAGAGAGGAACUGUACAGACAUCGAUGAAUGUCGGAUCUCCCCUGACCUCUGCGGCCAGGGUACCUGCAUCAACACCCCAGGCAGCUUCGAGUGUGAUUGUUUUCCUGGUUUCACUACUGGCUCUUUACUGAUGAAGAACUGCGUGGAUGUAGAUGAAUGUGCCAGGGACCCGCUGCUCUGCCAGGGAGGUACAUGCAUCAACACAGAAGGGAGCUAUGAGUGUCACUGUCCCUCUGGACGUGAGCUGAAGGCCCAAGGCACUGCCUGUGAAGACAUCGAUGAAUGCACCAUGAGUGAGAACCUCUGUCCCCAUGGCCAGUGCAUCAAUGUCAUUGGUGCUUUCCGUUGUUCCUGCCACACCGGCUUCCAGAGCACUCCUGAUGGCCAGGGCUGCGUGGACAUCAGUGAAUACCAAGUCCAGAACAGUGACUAUGAAGUGCAGUACAUGAACACAGAGGGAAGCUUCCAGUGCAGCUGUUGGCAGGAUGCCCAAUAGGAGGGCAUGCACAGCACAGUGGAUGUGGAUGAAUGUGAAGACAACCUAGGCAUCUGUGGAGAAGGCCAGUGUACCAACAUGCCAGGAUCUUACCAUUGCAUUUGUUAUGACGGCUUCUCAGCCUCACCAGACAUGAAGAUUUGUGUAGAUUUGAAUGAGUGCGACAUGAAUCCCUACCUCUGUCUCCACGGGAACUGUGAGAACACAAAAGGAUCCUUUACCUGUCACUGCAAUCUAGGCUAUAUUAUCAGGGAGGGAGCUAUAGGCUGCUCUGAUGUGGACGAAUGUGAAUUUAGGAGACACAGUUGUGACAGGCAUGCCUCCUGUCUCAACAUCCCUGGGAGUUUCAGCUGUAGGUGCCACCCAGGCUGGGCUGGGGACGGCUUCAAAUGCCACGACCUGGAUGAAUGUGCCAUCCAACAGCAUCGUUGUGACCCAAAUGCCAACUGCCUCAAUACCGUGGGCUCUUACCACUGCACCUGCCAACCAGGAUUUGUUGGAGAUGGCUUAUUCUGUGAAGACAAGGAUGAAUGCAUGGAGAACGUGGGCCUCUGCGAGAAUGGACAGUGCCUCAAUGUACCUGGCAGGUACCACUGUGAAUGUGAUAUGGGCUUCAACCUUACCAAGAACCAGCUGGCCUGCUGGGAUGUGGACGAGUGUGCUCUUGGGAACUUGUGCGUGUUUGGGAAUUGUGAAAACCUGCCUGGAAUGUUCAGAUGCAGCUGUGAUGAUGGCUAUGAGCUGGACCAAAGUGGAAGUAACUGCACAGAUGUUGAUGAGUGUGAAAAUCCUGCGAACUGCAUCAAUGGCCUGUGUGUUAACACCCCUGGCAGCUACCUCUGCAACUGCCCCCAGGACUUUCAGCUUAACCCCAGUAGAGUGGGCUGUGUUGACACCCUGGCCGGGAUAUGUUUCUUGGAAGUGCAGGACCAAGGUGACAGUGGCAUUUCCUGUAGUGCAGAGAUUGGAGCUGGUGUCAGCAGAGCGUCUUGUUGUUGUUCCCUGGGCCAAGCCUGGGGCCGUCCCUGCAAGCCGUGUCCGAUUGGCAACACCUCAGAGUAUAGGACCCUGUGCCCCGGUGGUAAGGGUUUCCGGCCCAAUCCCAUCACUGUGAUUCUGGAAGACAUCAAUGAAUGCCAGGAGCUACCCAGACUAUGCCAGGGAGGCAACUGUACCAACACCUUUGGUACCUUCCAGUGUGAGUGCCCUCUUGGAUACAGCCUCAGUGAAGAUACCUGCACCUGUGAGGAUAUGGAUGAGUGCUCCAUACACCCAGACAUCUGUGGCCCUGGCACAUGCUACAACAACUUAGGAAAUUACACCUGUGUCCGCCCUGCAGAGUGCCUGCAGGUCAGCGGUGACAGCAACUGUAUGGACAUGAAGAAGAGUGUGUGUUUCCGGCAAUCUAAUGGUACAUGUGGGAACAAACUGACCUUCAGUGUGACCCAGAAGAUGUGUUGCUGCUUCCACAACAUGGGGCAGGUCUAGAAUAGACCCUGUGAAGCCUGUCCACCCCUGCCAGCUGUGACUGAGUACCAGCUCCUCUGUGGGAAGCAAGUGCCAGGGUUCAUUGCUGACAUCCACACAGGGAAGCCUGGGCUGUCUCUUAUGCCUUACCCUCUCCCCAUUCCAGCCAUAUGUGCCCACAGUGUCUGCACCAACCAGAUUGGAAGCUUCCAUUAAUGCCCCAUUGGCUUCAACUACAGUAGAAACUUUCUGGCCUGUAAAGAUGCGGAUGAGUGUGCCCAUGGAAAGGGACUCUGCCAGAGGAGCGCAGACUGCAUCAAUGUCCCUGGAAGUUAUGAAUGCAGUGUGCCGGGGAUUCGAGCUGUUCCCAGUAGGACCUGUGUAGGAUUGAAUGAGUGUUUGGACAUCCCAAAUGUCUGUAGCCAUGGUGACUGUGUGGACAUUGGGGACGGCUAUAUGUGUCUCUGUCACCAUGGCUUCCAAGCCUCACCUGACCAAACCAUGUGCCUAGACCUUGAUGAGUGUGACUGGAAGCCAUGUGGAAAUGGGACCUGCAGGAAUAGUGUCGGCUCCUAUAAGUGCUUGUGUUUCCCCGGCUUUGUGGUGACACGUAACAGUGACUGUGCAGACAUUGACGAGUGUACCACCCUGGUGGGGCAAGUGUGUCAGCUUGGCCAGUGCCUCAACACAGCCGGUUCCUUCCACUGCCUCUGCCAAGACGGCUUUGAGCUCACAGCUGACAGGAAGGACUGCAUGGAUAUCAACGAAUGUCUGAGCCUCCCAGGGACCUGCCUGCCAGGCACCUGUCAGAACUCGGAAGGCUCCUUCCAGUGCACCUGCCCCCUUGGCUUCCAGGUGCAGAGUGGCCACUGUAUUGAUACUGAUGAAUGCUUGGAGGAGCCCAGCCUCUGCUUUUUUGGCACCUGUACCAACAGUCCUGGGACCUUCCAGUGCCUCUGCCCUCCUGGCUUCACCCUCUCUGACAGGGGACACUAUUGUUUUGACACUCGCCAGAGUUUUUGCUUCACCCAGUUUGAGGCCGGAAAGUGUUCAGUGCCCAAAGCUUUCAACACCACGAAGACCCAGUGCUGCUGCAACAAGAACCCCGCCGAGGGGUGGGGGGACCCCUGUGAGCUGUGCCCUCAGAGUGACAGUGUUACUUUUCGGGAGCUCUGUCCCUUUGGCCAUGGGGCUGACCCAGGCCCAGAUGACUCCAGAAAAGAUGUGGAUGAGUGUGCAGAGAAUCCUGGCAUCUGCACUGGUGGCCUCUGUGUCAACACUGAUGGCUCCUUCCAUUGCGAGUGUCCCCUCGGCUACAGCCUGGACUUCAGCAGCAUCACCUGCGUUGACACAGAUGAAUGCUCUAUUGGGGACCCCUGUGGGGAAGGCAUGUGCACCAACGUCUUUGGAGGUUUCAAGUGCACAUGUACUGAUGGCUUUGAGCCCGGCCCCACGAUGACCUGUGAAGACAUUGACGAGUGCACCCUGAAUCCACUGCUCUGUGCUUUCCGCUGCCACAACACUGAGGGCUCCUACCUAUGCACCUGCCCAGCUGGCUACGCACUGAGGAAGGAUGGUGUCAUGUGCCAAGAUGUGGACGAGUGUGCAGAUGGGUCUCAGGAUUGCCACACCCGAGGCAUGCUGUGCAAAAACCUCAUUGGCACUUACAUCUGCAUCUGCCCACCUGGCAUGCAACCCCAGCCCUCUGGGGAGGACUGCACAGAUGAGGACGAAUGCCAGGCCCAGUCCAGCCUCUGUGCCCAUGGCCGCUGCAUCAACACAGUGGGAAGCUUCCAGUGUGAUUGUGAUGAGGGCUUCCAUCCCAGCUCCACCCUCACUGAGUGCCAUGAUAUCCGGCGGGGGCUCUGCUUCUCUGAGGUGCUACAGGCCGUGUGCCAGAGUUGGUCAAGCAGUGGUGAGGCUGUGCCCAGAGCCGUGUGCUGCUGCGGGGGCGGCCGGGGCUGGGGCCCCCAUUGUGAGCUCUGUCCCUUGCCUGGCACCUCCGCCCACAGGAAGCUCUGCCCCCACGGCAAGGGUUAUAGCACCGAGGGCCAAGAUGUGGAUGAAUGUCACAUGUUUGCCGACCUGUGCCCCCAUGGCGAGUGCAUCAAUAGCAUUGGUUCCUUCCACUGUGACUGCCAAGCUGGGUAUACACCAGAUGCCACUGCCACUGCCUGCAUGGACGUGGACGAGUGCAGCCAGAACCCCAGGCCAUGUUCCUUCCUCUGCAAAAACACAGAGGGCACCUUUCUGUGCACCUGCCCCCGUGGCUACCUGUUGGAGGAAGAUCUCAGGACCUGCAAAGACCUGGAUGAGUGCACCUCCAGGCAACACAACUGCCAGUUCAUCUGUGUCAACACCGUGGGCGCCUUCGCCUGCCGCUGUCCUCCUGGCUUCACACAACACCAGCAGGCUUGUUUCGAUAAUGAUGAGUGCUUGGCCCAACCUGGCCUAUGCGGUACCCAUGGACACUGCCAAAAUACCCCAGGCAGCUUCUACUGUGAGUGUGAUAGAGGCUUCAUCCUGGACAGCUCUGGCCACAGCUGUGAAGAUGUAAAUGAAUGUGACAGGCCCCACCGCUGCCAGUUUGGCUGUCAAAAUGAGCUGGGGGGCUACCGUUGCAGCUGUCCCCAAGGCUUCACCCAGCAUUCCCAGUGGGCCCAGUGUGUGGAUGAAAAUGAGUGUGCCUUAUCACCUACAGCUUGUGGUAGUGCCUCUUGCUACAAUACGCUUGGCAGUUUCCACUGUGUCUGCCCCUCUGGUUUCAAUUUCAACCAGGACCUUGGAGGCUGCCAGGAUGUGGAUGAGUGUGCAGAGCAAGGCAACCCUUGCAGCUAUGGUUGUGCCAACACACAUGGUGGCUUCUUGUGUGGCUGUCCCCAAGGCUACUUCCGGGCUGGACAAGGACACUGCAUCUCCAGCCCUGGGUUCAGCUCUGGAUCUCAGGCCACCCCAGAUGAGGAAGAAUCACUCUCACCUGAAGCCUGCUAUGAAUGCAAGAUCAAUGGCCUCUCCUCUCAGGACCGACCAAGACGCAGCAUCCAAGGAGGUCAUCAGGUGAGCCUGGCCACCCUUGACACGGAAGUCCCCUUGACCUUGAGCCUGUACAUCUCACACCUUGGCCAAGUCAAGCAUAUCUUAGAAUUUCGACCAGCUCUUGAGAGUCUGGGAGGCCAGAUCCGUUAUGUUAUUGCCAGAGGCAACAACCAAGGUUUCUUCUGCAUGAAUCACCUGGAUGGUUUCAGCUCCCUGCACCUGGGCCAUAGGAGACCAAGACGCGGGAAAUACCAGCUGGAGGUGGUGAGUGUAGCAGGAGCUCAGGGCCAACCAGGGCCAGCAAAACAAGCCUUGCGGCUAACAGUCCAAUUACAGCUACUCUAGCAGAGAAGCUUCAGUGCACCUACAGUUCCAUGACAUCUGAAAGUGGAGAUUCUGGAACUGCCUAGAACUGAUCUCGGGGGCAAAAGCUGACCAAGUUGAACCUCAAAACUCAGGAAGAGUGGACCAUUACACUAUGACCUCAGAUGAACCCAGCCUAUGCAAGCCCACCAAGUGAUCCCAUCUGAGGUGGGGCAAUACCUCAAUCUCUCCUGGACUCAGCUAGAAGUCACAACACUCAGCCCUCCACCCCAUAAGCAGGGUCAGCAGGAGGGACCCCUGGUGUUCACUGCGCUUUGUCAUCCUCAAGCUUAAACUUCAAGACUGCACUAUGAUUCACCAAGGGUGUUGGUGGGACAUGGGAACAAGUGACUAGGGUGGGUGUGGGGGUCAUCCCUCAGAAUCAAAAUGGGAAGCCUUUUCCCCCACAUCUUGACUACUAGAUUCAUUCCCCAGAGCCUGGGCUAGGGUUCUAAAGAUCCUUUUCUAUUGAAA